GGUUUAGAAGCAUUAAUGUUUUCAUCGUCUUUGAAUUCAAUGGACGUGGCACAAUAUAAAAUCUCGUUUUCAUCUCGUGAGUCCUUGGUUCCAAUCGCCAACGAACCUUGUUCAAGACUUUUUCGCAUUCGCCAUGAAAAAUUUGACAAAUUUUCGACGAGUUUACGAAGAAUAUCUUCGAGAAAUAUUCAGCAAGGACUUUUCGUUGCGCCGGGUCAAGAAUCUAAGGUAGAUGUCAAUAACGUCUACGAGUUUUCGUGA